AUGUCCUGCCAGCAGAACCAGAAGCAGUGCCAGCCUCCUCCCAAGUGCUCCUCCCCCAAGUGCCCCCCAAAGAGCACAGCACAGUGUCUGCCUGCAGCCUCCUCCUGCUGUGCGACAAGCUCUGGGGGCUGCAGUGUCCCCAGCUCUGAGGGAGGCUGCUUCCUGAGCCACCACAGGCGCAGGUCCCACAGAUGCAGGUGCAGGAGCUCCAGUUCCUGUGACCGUGGCAGUUCCUGUGACCGUGGCAGUUCCUGUGACCGUGGCAGUUCCUGUGACCGUGGCAGUUCCUGUGACCGUGGCAGUGGCCAGCAGUCUGGGGGCUCAGGCUGUGGCCACAGCUCUGGGGGCUGCUGCUGACCUGGAUCCUGAGGCUGUGACAAGAGAGUUUGGAGGAAGCAAGACUCCCACAGGCCACAGAAAGCCAGCCUUGUCUGGUCCAUCCCUGGA